ACCAAGUACACCUUUAAAAAAAAACACAGGACCAGCCUUGCUUUGUGUACCCGGCACGCAAAGCAAAGACGGACAUAGUGUGCUUGUACAAAACAAAAUGCCUGGAAGACAAGCCCACGGGCGGCCGCUCAUUGCCGCCCCAAAAGCCAGAACGCAAAAGAAGACGACAGCCAAGUUGCAAAAGAAGGCUUUGGAUGCGUACGGCAUUGCUGAGAAACAAUAUCCCACCAAGAUUCGCAAGACCCCGAGAGCCAGAGAACUCGAUGCCGAAGUCGAGAGAAAGCAUGCUCGCGACGACGAGGACGAGGACGACGAAGACGACGAAGAUGAGGACGGACCUAGCAGAAAGAAAAUCAAGCGCCCUGCUCGCCCCGCUACCGAUGAUGCUGAAUUUGGCAGCGAUAGCGAGGGAAAUGAGUGGCAGCUAGGUGGCAUGGCCGAGGAUGACGAAGACUCUGAGAUUGAAAGUGACGAUGCCUUUGGCGAGAGCGACAACGAGCGAUUCCAGGGCUACUCUUUCCGAGGCACAAAGUCGAAGCCGUCGCGCGAUGAGGACGAUGACGAGGAUGAGGAUGAUUCCAACGACGAUGAAGGCGAAACGCUAGGCGAAGAGGCGAUUGACCUGGCCACAGCGCUCGACCAAUUUGAAGAAGAAUCUGAAGAGGAGCAACCCCAGCAACAAGCGGAAUCAGACUCUGAUCUCGAAGAAGGAUCUGACGAAGACGAUUCGGAAGAUGAAGACGACGAAGACGACAGCGAGGAGGAUGAGGAUGAGGACGAUGAAGACUACGACGACCCCGAUAAGAUUGAUGCGCUCGAGGGCGUCAUCUCCAACUACGCUGGUGACGCCAAGGAUGCGAAGCCCAAGACUACAACGAAGCAAAAGAUUAGCCUAGGCGAUCUUGGUCUUUCCGGACUUGACGAUGCCUUUAUGAAGAAGUCUGUCAAGCUCAUGAACAAAGAGGACAAAGAGAAGAGACCUGGUGCUGGCCAAAAGCUGGAUGUACCGCUAUCAAGGAGAGAACAAGGCCGCCUGGAUCGCACAGUAGCAUACGACAAGACGAAUGAGACUCUCGAGCGAUGGACGGAUACUGUCAAGCAGAACCGCCGCGCAGAGCACCUCGUCUUCCCGUUGCCUGAGAACUCGGCAUCCGCUGGCAUGGAUAAGAACGAGAUCCAGCUGCUCAGCACUGAGAAGCCUGCCAACGAGCUCGAGUCCACUAUCAUGUCCAUCAUGGAGCUAAGCGGCAUUUCAAUGGAACCCAAGAAGAAAGAGCAAAAAGUAGAGUACGACGAAGACGGCAACGAGCUUUCGAAGCGAGAAAUCAUCAACCGCCGACGUCUUCAGCGCGAACUGAAUGCUAGAGAAGCCAAGAAGCAGCGCCGCAUUAAGAAGAUUAAGAGCAAGGCAUACCACCGAGUACACAGAAAGGAGCAGGAGAGGGACGAUGCUGCCAUGCGCGAAGCCCUUGAGGACGCCGGCGAGAUUGAUUCUGAGCAGGAGCGUCAAGACCAAGACCGCCGUCGUGCGCUUGAGCGUGUUGGCCAGCGCCAUCGUGAAAGCAAGUGGGCUAAGCUCGGCAACAAGGCCAAGCGCGCCGUCUGGGACGAAGACUACCGCACUGGCCUCACGGAGAUGGCUCGCAUGGAUGAAGAGCUGCGCCGCCGCAAAGAGGGUCACACUGGCGAAGUUGAUUCUGACGAUACAAGCAGUUCAGGCUCUGACAAUGAGGAUGACGAAGACCUCCGCCGCCAACUUGACGAGCUUGAACAGGAAGAUGACGAGCCCCAGUCGGCGUUGAUGAAGAUGAAGUUUAUGCAAAAGGCUGAGGCUGCUCGUAAGAAGGCCAACACAGAUCUCAUCAACGAGAUCCGUCGCGACCUCGAUGGCGAGCAGGCUGUUGACUCAGACGAAGAGGAAAAGGGCGAAGUCGGCCGUCGUCAGUACGGCAAGGCUGCCGAAGCCAAGAUUCGCGCGCCCGCACUGGACACUUCCUCAAGACAGUCAAAGCGCGAUGUCGACAUGGCAGACGCACCAGUCGACGACGACGACGAUGUAAUCAUCAAGACCAAGACUACCGCAGCAAAGCCCACAAACGCUUGGUCCACACCCGCCGAAACCACCAACGAGAUUGCAGGCGCCUGGUCGCGCGGCGAGUCUCGCAAGAAGACCAACAAGUCAUCACGCACCACGGCCGUAGACCUCAACACCAAUAUUCUCCUCGAAGACGCCAUCAACCCCAGCGCUAAGCCCAAGACUAAGACAGCCAACAAGACCAAAGACGACUCCGACUCUGACUCCGAGGACGAGAUCAACCACCCCAUGGCCAUCAAGGACCAAUCUCUCAUUGCGCGCGCCUUUGCCGGCGACGACGUGUACGAGGAAUUCGCGCGUGAAAAAGCCGAACUCGCCGACGAGCAAGACGACCAGAUCAUCGACAACACGAUUCCCGGCUGGGGCUCCUGGGUCGGCGAAGGCAUCAGCAACCGCGAGAAGAAGCGCCAUACAGGCCGCUUCCUGACCAAGGUCAAGGGCGUGCAGAAGCAGGACCGCAAGGACGCCAAGCUCGACAAGGUGAUUAUCAGCGAGAAGCGCGUCAAGAAGAACGACGCCUAUCUGGCGUCGCAUCUGCCGCAUCCGUUCGAGUCCGUGGAGCAGUAUGAGCGCUCGCUGCGUCUUCCUGUGGGCUCUGAAUGGAUGACCAAAGAGACGUUCCAGGAGAACACGAAGCCGCGGGUUAUUAUCAAGCAGGGUGUCAUUACGGCAAUGGCGAAGCCUUCUCGAUAAAUUGGGAGUUUUUACGUGCAUGGGUAAAGUACAAGUGUGUGGUUGUAAAUAUGAUAAAAGUUUCAUGUCAUGGCAUCGGAGUUUUGUUUUGCGUUUUUAUUUAAUCUUGAAUAUAGAAAAUAUACAUGUGCUAAGACGAU